AGGACAAGUUUCCUUCAGUGUUCCGAAUGCAAGGUUCCUCUCCGGCCUCCCAUUUUCUCGCUUUGGUUUUGUAACCGUCUCAUUUGUAGCGCCUGCUACCAUGCUGAUCUCGGCACCUACCGUCACUGUACUGAGCUCGAGUACCUCCUCCAAGGUAUAACGGUCAAAUGCGUUGCCUGCAAACAAUACCUUCCAUUCUCCACAUUGGGGUCACACCAGGUUGGCGAUUGCCUCAAGCAUAAAUUGCAAAACAUCGCCCCAGAUGAACAGGAAACCGAGAUGGGCAGCAAUAGUAUCCAUGGGAAACACAAGUGAAAGGCUCCUUUUGAGGUUGGUAAAAUGGACAAGCACAUUGUUCAUGGUGAUGAGGUUGGGUAUGAUGACGGCUCAUGUGAUGACAACCAUGGCACGAGUGAGGAUGUGUUCAGUUGUGAAGAUGAUUCUGUUGACAAAUGGAUGAAGGGGAGGAAAUUGAAAAGCCUGCGACUGUCAAAAGGGUGGCUAAGAAUGCCUUUAAGACAACUUGUGAUAGGAAAGCAAAGAUUGCAAUGCCAUAUGGGCAGAAAACAGCCCAGGCCAGCGCGUCGCCGUCUCAACGCCGCCGCAUCACAACUCCCCGGAAGCCACCCCCACCACGGUUUGUUCCUCAUCGCCCAGUCACCCGCAGCAGGACAGGCAAGCAACAGACCAAAUGUUAAGCUUCCAACAUCCAGUGGGAGCAGUUCUGCGAGCAGGACGCAGGACGCCUAUAUUGUUGUUAGCUAGUUAUAAGGUUUGUAAUAGCCGCGUUCGGCUUUGGCAUCUUGAGCAAAUUAAUGGCACUUUGAGGCAAUGUGCGAUUUCAACUUAUUACAGAUAAUGUAAUCGAGAUUAGAAUCACAUUUCUCCA